CUGAGCCGACAAGUUUAUGUUCAUGUUUUUCAUGGUUUGACGGCGAGCCUACGAGCCGAUAGACAUGCAUGAGCCGACAUGGUACGUCAUGUUAUUUUUAUGUUUGACGGCGAGCCUACGGGCCGCUAAACAUGCGUGAGUCGACGAGUUCACGUUCAUGUUAUUUUCAUGUUUGAUGGUGUGCCUACGAGCCACUAGAUAUGCGUAUCAAGGCAAGAUAGUACGUCUUUUGGUUUUCCUUUCAUCAUAAAAAAUCGAUGUAGCUGUAUGAGCCACGGGCUAUCUUUCUUUGCUCGUGGAUGCAUAGUCUGAUCCCGGUAAUGAGAUCACUUACAGAGUAUUUUAUACUCAAUCUUUAUCUUUAUUUUUUUUCAAAUAAGGACAAGGACACUCGGGCGACUGACAAGAGAAAUCCGUGACAGUGUCAAAGGAACCAGAUUUCGCUUCUGCAUUUGACCAUUUUAUAUUUUCUCAUGUUUUGUUUUUAUUACGUUUAUGGUUUUAUUAUAAUUUAUUUCACGUUAAAAAGAAUGCCCAGGUUGAACGAUUUAAGAUCUUGAGAUAAUGACAAAACAUUUUAUUAUAUACUAAAGCAGUUCAAAAUCACGAUUAUUCUAUUUUAUUUUACUUUAUUUUCCUCAAUGCGAAUAUCUAUGCAUGCAGUAACGAUUCAUUUUUAGUAGUCCUAGGAGGUGGGGUUGUUACAAUGAAGUGCGGUUAUUUUCAUUUUUUCAAAUGAAUCAAUUGAGAAAAAAUGGAAAACUAAGGCAUCUACAAUUAUAUUGUAUACAGAAUCCCAUCUUUGUUCAUGAUUUUACACUUACUCUGUAUUUAUAAUUUCAUCUACAAUAAAAACUAUAAACUAGAUAAGAUUAAAAUAGGGAUUUGAAAAUUAGCGAUCAUGUGCAUGAAAUGUGAGUUGCCAUCAAUCUUAUUAUUUGUCGGUUUUACUAAUUUUUUAAAAUAAAAUUUAUAGGCGCAAAUUUUCCACAAUGUUAUCCAAUAAAUGGAUUAAUAUUAAAGAAAAAAAAAAGAUUUGUCAAAAACUCAAAACUUUGAAUUGGGUCGGGAAAAUUUGUAUUGAGAUGGGCUGGAGGGAGCAGUUGAGUAAUGAUGAGGGUGAUCCAAAGUUGGAAACUUUAUGAAGCUUUGGUUUACUAUUUAGGGAAAUUGGAAAACAUUUUCAAAGAAAUCAAUAUUCCUGGCGUGGAGCUUGAGCCUGAAAACGAUGAAGUUUAAUGAGUACCAUUUCUCACAUGGCAGGGCAGAGUUUGUAAAGAAGAUAUCUGUACCCGCGUAAAUUUAGUGGGAAGGGCCAAGAAAGAACCAAUUUGGGACUGUGAUUUUAUGGAUUCGAAAAGGUCCCAUCAUGCCAGCUGCUUCUUACUCCCAAUUCUCUCUCUUUCUUCCUUUACUCAUCUUUCUCUUUCACUGCCUGCACCUCUGAUGUGACCACCGACUAUAAAUUUAUCCUUUCAAUUCUUUUUCGUUUAGGGCGGAUGUGUUAUGUGUAGAAGCAGCUUUCUCUUCCUUUCCUGCCGAUAACAAAUCGGAUAGGUUUAAUGAAUGUAUGAUCACAAAUCAGGCUCCAUGGCCGAUCAGCUCUCCAAGCAGACCUCUAUUUUUGGCUUACGCUUGUGGGUUGUUCUUGGGGUUUGCGUUGGAGCAGCUUUUGUGCUCUUUCUGUUUCUAAUCUCUCUUUGGAUAGCUUCCAAACGCUCUCGCAAGAAGAUUUCUCACAGACCCACUAUUCCAAUCGUCUCCAAAGAAAUCCAAGAGAUCAGAAUCGAUCAUUCCCUCGCUCAAAACCAAGAACAUAAGCCGAGUAGGUCCCAUUUUCAGGUUGACCCUCUUCCGGAGCCGGAACCAAUCCCUGGAAUUGAGCGGCAAGCUUUGCUUUCGUUGCCUCAGGAGGAAGAGCGAGUGAACAGGAUUCAUAUCGAGAUCGGGAAGGAUCAUAGGAUUUCAUAUCCUGACCGUCUUGGUCGGUCUUCUUCCUCACAGGGCAGUGGAGAGGGGCGAUGUGGUGGCGAUCAGUUGCCUAUGGUGGUGCCUGAAGUUUCGCAUUUGGGUUGGGGGCAUUGGUACACUCUCAGAGAGCUCGAAGCUUCGACUAAUGGUUUCGCCCCCGAUAAUGUAAUUGGUGAGGGUGGGUAUGGAAUUGUUUACCAUGGCAUAUUGGAGGAUGGAACUCAGGUUGCUGUGAAGAAUUUGCUAAACAAUAGGGGACAAGCCGAGAAGGAGUUUAAAGUUGAAGUUGAAGCAAUUGGACGAGUCAGACAUAAGAACUUAGUUAGAUUGCUUGGAUACUGUGCUGAAGGUGCUCAUAGGAUGCUUGUAUAUGAGUAUAUAAAUAAUGGAAACUUGGAACAGUGGCUUCAUGGGGAUGUGGGAUCUUUCAGCCCUCUUACCUGGGAGAUUAGAAUGAAUAUCAUUCUUGGAACCGCUAGAGGGCUAGCUUACCUUCACGAGGGAUUAGAACCAAAAGUCGUUCACCGGGAUAUCAAAUCAAGCAAUAUCCUAAUCGAUAAGCAAUGGAAUUCCAAGGUUUCAGAUUUUGGGCUUGCAAAGCUACUAUGUUCUGAUAAUAGUUAUAUUACAACCCGAGUUAUGGGAACAUUUGGCUAUGUAGCACCAGAAUAUGCGAGUACGGGAAUGCUAAAUGAAAGGAGUGAUGUGUAUAGCUUUGGAAUACUUGUUAUGGAAAUAAUCUCAGGACGGAACCCUGUCGAUUAUAGUCGUCCUCCAGAUGAGGUGAACUUGAUCGAUUGGCUUAAGAGAAUGGUCAGUAAUCGUAAUCCAGAGGGUGUAUUGGAUCCAAAGCUUUCUGAAAAGCCUACUUCAAGAGCAUUAAAGCGGGCUCUUCUUGUCGCAUUACGCUGUGUGGACCCAAAUGCUCAAAAACGGCCGAAAAUGGGACAUAUUAUUCAUAUGCUUGAAGCUGAAGAUGCUAACUUUAAAGGGGAUCGCAAAGCUGGAAAGGACCCAAAGAAUUCACAUUCAAACAAUGUCAAGGAUGGUUUAAAUGAAAGGCAGGCGACAGAAUUAGGUGGCAGCAAUGUGGAUGAACUCAGUACUCGACAACGAGAUACGUGAAUAACAUCAGCACAAGUAGCAGUCAACUUUUCCAGCUUGGGACACCCAAAUAGUCAUUCACCACUAGUACGUCGGGUCCUUCAUUUUAGCUGUCCUACACGGCCACAACAAUGUCAAUUACAAUGUGUAUAGUUCGUCAUUUUUGCUGUCAAUAGCUUCCACUGCCGCUCCUUAUACCAUUGAAGAUAAUCAAUUCAUAUCUCUGUCAAUGCUCCAAAGACGGUCUUCGCGGAUGAGGUAUUGUUAUUUUCUUACAUUGUCUGCCCCAUUCCCUCACUGUUCAACAACAUAAAUUUGAAAAUAAUAGGAAAAGGUUCAAAUAGAGCAUCCACACCCCAUAUAUAAGCAUUAAUUUCAAUUUAUAGCUUAGAAAGUUGUAUCCAGUUUGUCAACAGUGUUGCAUAUGAUAACAGUUUCCUGAUUGGGCCUAAUAAAUUAAGGGGUCCCUUUUGCUCCAUGUAA